CUUGCUAUUUGUUAAUUAUUACCAAUGAGUUAACAAUUGAGAUUCAGAAGUAAAUUACUUUAAAAUAUUAAAUUCCAUAAUGUGAAUUCAUGUGAUUAUCUUCCCACCUCCUUUAAGAGUAAAGCUAUAUAAUUAUUUUCCCCUAACAGUAAAAUUCCAACUCAUACGCAUAUUUUUUCACCCACUUUUUUCUAUCACUUCCUCUUCUGAGCAUCAAUAUAAACUGGGCAGAAAACUCCUCUCGUCCUAGACUUGCUUCAACACAACUGAUCUCAGCCUCAACAUGUCACUGCUCUCUUACGUACUGCUGGCAGCUACUGCAGUGUGCUGCUUCACAACCCUCUGCGCGUUGCCAAUGGAAGGCUUUGGUUUCAACAAGUGUCAGUGUGUGGCCACCACCUCAUCCUCAAUCUCAUCACGGUUGUUCCAGAGGAUUGAGAUCGUGCCUCCAGGAGCACACUGUCGCAAAACCGAGAUCUUGAUUACCAAAAAGAACAACGAAACAGUUUGCAUAGACCCUGAAGCACGAUGGAUCAACAAUGUCAUCUCAAAAGUAAUGAGGAGCAAAAGAACUGCAAAGGAAACUUCUGUGCCCACUGUGGCAUAAAUCAACAUGAACAAGAACAACUUUCCAUUUCCUGCGUUUCAGUUAUUCCUUUUCAUUCAAACAUAUUUUCGCAGUCACAAAUUAAAAAAAUCUGUCUACACAAUCUGUACUUAUUAUUUUGAAAUAAAAACCUCACAACCUUC